CCCCUCUUCUCUACUCGCAAUACCGGCGGCAACCGGCGGCGCUGUCCCGCCGCUGUCAGCGUUGUAUCGUUGUGUUUUGUCGUUCUGAACGGAGUUGCGAAGGUACCGUCAACAUCAUUGAUUUGCACGUGUUGUUCCAUUUCGGUGCGACACGAUGGCCAGCCAACGUGCGCUUCCUCAGAGUAAGGAGGCGUUACUGAAAUCGUAUACGACGAGGUUAAAGGACGACGUGAAAUCCAUGCUGGAAAAUUUCGAAGAAAUAAUUAAACUUGCAAAAGGAGAAAAUGACUCUCAGUUGUCUCGGAUGACGCAAUGUGAGCAAGAUACAUAUGAAAUGCAUGUCAGAGCAGCUAAUAUCGUGCGUGCCGGCGAAUCAUUAAUGAAACUAGUCUCUGACAUAAAGCAGUAUUUAAUCCUGAAUGAUUUUCCUUCUGUAAACGACGCCAUAAUACAAAACGGCAAAUUAUUUAGAACUAAGCAAGUAGAAUGUGACCAAAAGCUGGCUUCCCUGAGGGACGACAUGGCUGCGGACUUAUACGAUCUGGAAGAGGAAUAUUACACUUCGAUAUACAAAUAACACUAGUUUAAGUUUAGCGCUAGUUUAACAUUAGUCUAUAAGUUAGUUUAUAAGUUUAAGCUUAAUUUAACCCUAGUCCUGUAAUAUAUGUGAGACUUGUUUUCUAAUGCGUAUCACAAAGUAUCAUUCAUUCAAGUUGUACAUUAUCCAUUUAUUUUAAUAAAUAGGAUUAAUUUAACGUUCGA